GAUAGACAAUAGACAUCGAUUGGAAUGAAAGAUCAGAAAUAGAUUCUGCAGCAAAAGUAAAAUUAUAAAAUUUUCAUGAGUUCCUGCUCGUUACCGUUUUAAUUAAACGAAAAUGGAUUCCUUAGCUAACUAUGGAAGUGACGAUGAUUAUGAAGACUCCUCUGAUGAGCAGCAAAAGGACUGGCCUAAAGGUGGUAUCAACAAGAAAGAUUCCCAUACAAAGCAACCCCAUAGGUCUGAGAAUCAAGCAGAUGCCAACUAUGAAGAAGUUCAGAUGGAUCUGAGUGAGGUUAGACUUUUUCAACAGGAAUCAAACGAUGGGUCCCGUAAUGGUAAGGACAGUAGGGACAAAAGCAGCGGAGAUGAAAGACGAAGAAGCAGUCCCAGCGAUGAUAAAUAUAGAGAAGACCACAGGAGCAGAAGGGGAGAAAAUAGAUACAGAGACAGAAGUAGGAGUAGAGAUAAGAGGGAUGAAGACAGAACAAGAGACAAAAAAGACGACAGGUACGGAUCCAAAACUGACAGAUACAGUAGAGAUUACAGAAGGGACAGCUACAGAGAUAGAAAAAGCCGGAGGUCAACGAGCAGAGAAAGAAGAAGAUCUAGCAGUAGGGAAAGGAAACGCUCGUCCAGUAGGGAGAGGAGGUAUAGCAGAUCUCCAAAGCGAGAUAGGUCCAGGAGAUCUAGAUCAAGAUCUCGCUCAAGGGGACGUUAUGGGGGACCACCGAGGAGGUACGGUUAUCCCAAAAGCAAUGGUUCGAGAAAUGAAGCCUCUGAAACUUCUGCAGACAAUCAAAGUGGAAAGGACAGAUUCUUUAUGCCCGGUAUAACAGGAAAGUACAGAGAUCAGAUUGAAAAACGUAAGUUGUUAUGGCAGAAGAAAGAUCCUUCUAAGCAGCAAGAUGCAGCUCCGGCACAAGGACAGAGCGCUCCUCCUCCGGCAUCAACCUCUAGGGUGACCAAAAUCUGGGAAGCUACAACAUUUGCCCAAGAUCAAGACGGCAAAGUGGCCAGUAAGUUCAAGAGGCUGAUGGGCAUAAAGGGCCAAACAGAUACUGCACCGGUUCCGCCUGUGGACAUCAUCAAGAAACAAGAAGAGAUGUUCAGUUCGAUGGAGCAGCAAUACGAGGUUGCAAGAACGGCCACUCAUACAAUGAGGGGCGUAGGACUGGGUUUCAGCAGCAAUUACCCGCGCUAGUUGAACAUUUGUGAAAUAACUGAGAGAUUUAUUGGAUCAUUGUGUAUCUAAACAAUUGUAAUAUAUUAGCAACUUAUGAAUUGAAAGUUAAGUUGGCUUUUUUUCUUACUGACUAAAAGUGUUUUAUUUUCGCAGUCUGUGUUGAAUAUAUUUAUCAUAAGGAUUAA